AUGUCUAAUACAGCAUCGCCCAAUUCUCGUAACACUCCCCCACUCCACUUCCCGCAGUUUCUCAGUCUUCCUCUUGAGAUUCAGCAUCAGAUAUGGCGCGAAUGCAUAGAAAUACCUCAAUUUGUCCAUGUCCAUGUUUACAGUAUUAAAAAGGCACCGUCUCAACGUCCCAUCCAUCCAAAUACUCCUCCCACAAGCCGGGGCUGGUACCGAAUCAAGAACGAACUAGGCAACGUGAUCAGCUCGUUUCCCUACCGUGUGCACAUACCAGCACAGGAGGGAUGGCAGCCAACUGUUCUUGUCAGUGUUAGUCGUAGCGCACGCAACGUCUAUGACCAGGUCUAUCGUGUCCGGAUGCCAGUUCGCACCGCUGAUGGCUCGCGUAUACUUCGUCUUAGCCCGGAUUUUAACAUCGUCUGGAUCAUUGGUGAUAGAGCUUGGAUACAAGACAUACAGCUGACGAGCUUUCUGCACGAUGUCAUGGCUUACGACCCACAGGGUAUAGGUAUCAAGCAUCUUGCCCUUGGAGGAGGUCAUCAUAGCGGACUUAGCGUGUUAGCGAGCAUGUUACCACCUACUCGCCCCAAGCCCUUAGUGGAGUCCAUGGCAAAGAUCUUGUCAUCUAGUAUUGAGACAUAUUAUGCGGUUCUUAUGCCCGGCAUCAAUACCAAAUGCCCAUACCAACCACCUUUUUACGACUGGUCGCAACCAAGAAUGCCUCAUUCGCUCAUAUAUCAGCGAGUCCCGUGUGAGCCUCUACCGAUCUACGACGAGAGCAAGUAUACCGGGCGAUAUGGAUUCUUUCCGAGUAAUCUUGCUCAGUGGAUCAAAGUUAAAGAAAACUACGGCGCGAAGAGACACAUUCCAAUGCGGUAUCUGGUGUCGGUAUCCGGACUUGUACUGGAUGGCUACGUUAUGGACGAUGCGUUUAUGCAGAGGCUCAAAGAUUCGUCGUGUCCGUGGAAUCCACCUAUUCUUGAGGGGAAUCGUGUGCAGGAUGUGCCUCUCUUACCAGCAGUUGGGUUCUGGAGUUUCCCAGCGGAUAUAUUUGAGGCGGCGUUGAACAUUCGGAGGCAUGACGCAGCCACAGCUACAGAAAGCCUUUCACAAGACAAUACUGAAUUUUGGAUAUUGGAUUGAACUUAUUCUUAAUGAGCAAAAGUAAACACGGAAU